AUGCUUCGCUCAGCCGUCGCUUGCCGCGAUCCUGCAAAUCACUCGGCACUCCGACCUCGGAGCAGGGAGGGUUGGCCUGGACCAGAUGAGACUCUAGGAUACGGUCAACAUCUUUCCCGGCAAGGGCUGUUGUAAGACGAUGCAUUGAUGCAUGAGUCACACCAGUGUGGGUGUCACUGGAGGCGACUACACCAACGCUGUGACACAAACAAGGCACUCCUUAUAUUUUUCGGACUCGCCUUUGCUCGCAUCAUCUGAGCGUCGAUUUCACUCGAUCCUUCGACGAAACUAGGUUCACGAUGCCACCUCCAAUUGUCCCAUCAAGACAUCUCCCAUCUCCUAACCCGCCCUCGACAGAGCCUGGCACCAUCCUGCUCGAGACGGAACGCCUGGUCCUCCGGCGUCCGCUCCCCAGCGAUGCACCCUUGCUCGUGGCCGCGGCAAACCACAAAGAAACCGCGGCCUUCAUGACAGACCGCUUCCCGUCACCCUAUACCCUCGAGGACGCCGAGGACUUUGUGUACGAAAAACUGGUCCCCAAGGGCACGCCAGCCGAGUACCCAAACACUGUCGCCAUCUUCCUCAAGGACGACCCGUCGCGGCUGCUGGGCACAAUGGGCGCCAAAAUCGGUACAGACAUCAACUACAUCAUGUGGGAGCUGGGCUACUUCCUCUCGCCUGAGUACUGGGGCCAAGGCUACGGCACAGAAGCCGUUGGGGCGUUCACGAGGUGGUGCUUUGAGACGUGGCCGGGUCUGCAGAGGAUGCAGGCCUCGACGUAUGAGUUCAACGAGGCGAGUGGGCGCGUCCUGCUCAAGUGUGGAUUCACCAGGGAGGGCAUGAGACGGCGGUCGGCGAUGAAGAACGGAGUCAUGACAGGGGAAGUGUGGUACGGCAUAUUGCGGGAGGAGAUGCUCGGGGUACCAGAGGCCAUGUGAGCCCAUACAUUGGCGAGAUGCAUGAAAAUUUUCCGAGCAUGUACAAGAAAUGAAGAUACCUAAAUUCCAAUUCACGACGUCUCGUGAUAUGGUGGCGGCAGCACCUCAUUCUGCUGGCUGCGCAUCAGUCGCUUCUGGUCCACC